CCGCCGCCGGCGAGAUGAGCUCGCCCUCGGCGCCUCGUGAUGAUGCCACUAUGCCGAGGUACGCUCGUUCGUUCGUACAGCGACCGUCGUGCGGUCUGCCGACUGACGGAGGCAUGCGCGUCGUUAAUUCCUUCCCAACUUAUGCGAUUAAUCUGACCGGCCGGUCGUUGCAAGGGAGGAGGAGGAGAGGGAUGCCGUCAUCGCGAGGCGGAUGGAGAGGAUGACGUACUCGAGGGAGCUCCUGCUCGCCGUCGGCAGCUUGGAGGCAUGCAAGCUGCUGCCCGCCGACGCCGACUUGUCCAAGCACCCCGAUGACGCGGCACUGUGGGCUCCUUCCCAAACUCUGGCCGCCCGCUCGGCUGGAGGUGCACCUGGAGGCCUAGGGGAUCAGGAACUGCCUCGGCGAAACCGAGAGCCGGAGGCGUUUGAAGCAGGCGCAGGAAGCAAAUCCAAGCCAUGCGUCAGGUUCUUCAGCACCGCAGGUUGCCGCUUUGGCUCCAACUGCCACUUCAUCCACGACAUCCCGGGCGGCUCCCAGGCCGUCGCUGAAACGAGCAUCCCGAGUGGCCCAGCUCCAGCUCCAGCACAAGGCGCGGAGGAGCUUGCCAGGCUCAAUCCAACGCCGCCACCCAUGGGCAUGGACCAACCAAGCCCCACCGGCGACCAUGCACUCAGAGCACCGACGCCGCCCAACGCAGCUCCGGCGAGCUUCGGCGCUUGGGCGACGGCCAAGAUCAGCGUGGACGCGUCCCUCGCAGGCGCCGUCAUCGGGCGGGGCGGAGCGACCAUAAAGGAGAUAUCCCGGGCCAGCGGCGCCAGGCUGCGCAUCCGCGACCACGAGCGGGACGCCGGCUUGAAGAACGUGGAGCUGGAGGGCACGCCAGAGCAGAUCAAGCACGCCAGCGCCAUGGUCUGGGAGCAUCUCCCGGUGCCCGGCGGAGGGCGAUAUAACGGCGUCAAGACCAGGCUGUGCGCGCACUUCGCCAGAGGAUCCUGCACCUAUGGCGACGGCUGCCGCUUCGCCCACGGCGAGAGCGAGCUUCGCAGGCCGGCUCCUGCUGCCCGAGAUCCGCGUGGUUGGUAGCGGUCGACCGACAGCCGGAUGAGAUCAGUGUAACUCUAAACUUGGGAUUAUGCCGUCAAGUUUAUGGAUUUUGUAAUGCACCUUAGUCACUCAUGACUUUUAUGAGGCUCUUCUGUUUUCAGUACUAGUACUGUGGGUCAUUUGUCUGAGUGACCAACAGUUUAGCCCUGUCACGUUCUACCUAGGCCGUAGCGGCUUGUGAGAGGCCUUGUCAAGGCCACCCUGGAGCCACCUGACGAUGGGCCUCGGAGCCAGGCCGGCCCAAGUCAAGGAACCAUUGACCCAGUCGACAACUAUGUGGACAAGGCGU